UCCUGCUGUCAACUAUUCGUCCUGGAUUAGAAAAGGAAGCGAGCCGUUCUCUGAACAACACCGAGCUAACAAAGAUAGCCGCAUCCAGCACCAAAACAGAACCGCCGUGUUGCCGUGUCGCCCCCUCUGUGGCAGUUUUAAUGAGCCAGGCUGUCUGCACGGACUGUCUGCAGUCAUGUCACCGGAGCUGGACGAGUUUGGAGGCUCUUCCUUCCCUCCGCUCUCAUGAUGUCGGCGGCUCUCGUUAGUUUCGCCUGAGCUCCUCUCUCAGCUCCACCGCUGCUGCUGCUGCUGUUGGACUCUCUCUCUCUUUCUGCUCACAAGAUGGCAACGCACAGUACUGGAGAGGCCUCCCAGGGUUCGGGGGACCGGGCGGAGCUAGUGCCCUCGUUAUAUAGACCCCAGGACCGGAGACCCCCGGAACUGGGCUCUCCGGACCCCUCAGAGUUGGGGAGCCCUCGCUGCGCCCAGAACUUUGACCUCCUCAACAUGGUGGUGUCCUACAAGAGAAUGGCUCUCUUUCUAGAACCGGUUGUUGAUGGAGUGGAGCUCAUUCGCUAUCUAAUCAGAUGGAAAAUGCCAGUGUGCUCUCUUCUUGUGUUGGUGGUCCUUAAUGUCUUCCUUUGCACAGUUACCGAAGCCGGCUGGUUCACAGUGAGCGUGGUGGCCGUUUCGGCGCCUGCUGCCCUGGGUUACCUGCAGGACAGGUGUGGGAGCAGAACGUCGGACGCCGAGCUCCAGAAGAGGCGCUUCCACGCUGUGCAUCGUAGAGACCUGCAGACGGUGAACCUCACCAGACAGGAGGCCAUGUUGGAAAUAAAAGACCUGCUGAAGCACCUGGAUGAAAUGAUGUCCUCUGCUUGUCAGUCAGCGGAAGCUAUUUAUAAGGUCUUAUACUGGGAUGAUCAUGCCACAUCAUCAAGGUUUUAUGGUGCAGUGUUUAUAGUGGUGUGUCUGCUGUAUGUUGCUCCUUUGGGCUGGGUGUUUGCUGUGCUCAACAGCGUCGUCUUCCUGUGGAACAGAGACUUCUACAGAGUUUUAUUGGACGUCAGGAACCUGCUUCACAUGGGUCAGACGCAGACCUCAGAGGGGGUGAGUGAGGAGCAGGACCAGGGCAACACAGCGGACCAGACCCCCACACCGACCAGCCUGGAGGACCUCACUCCUGGCAGCAUAGAGGAAGCUGAGGAGGCUGAGCCAGAUGACGAAUUUAAGGAUGCUAUCGAGGAAAAUUCAGUUGCUCUGCAGGAAACCCCUUUGCUCUCGUUGGAGGAUGACGACGGGCCUAUUGGGGCUCCUGAGUAUGACACCGUUUCUGAGAACGGCUUCUUGAGUCGAAACGAACCCAUCCGCAGCAAAGUGUCCAAACUAACAGAGAGACUGCGGAAACGUUAUCCCACCACCAGCACAGGCAACUGUUCCAGCUGCAAUGCCGUCUUCUCGGUACUAAAGAAGAGGAGAAACUGCAGUAACUGUGGCAACAGCUUCUGCUCCCGAUGUUGUUCCUUCAAGGUGCUGAGGUCCUGCAUGGGGGCAACAGCUCCAGAGGCACAGAGGGAGACCGUGUUUGUGUGCGCUGCCUGUAAUUCCUCUCUUCUCAAGUUACAAUGAGAGGUUGUACUGAUUCAUGUCUCCAGAGUCCUUCACUGAAACCCGAACCUACAUGCCUCGGUUCUGUAGUAAAGGCUCAUAUGCGUUAUCCAGCUAUCUCCCAACGUGGAACUCCAGGACCCUCCUGCCUUUACCAGCUACAUCCCUUUGUAAACCUCUCAUGUGGCUUGUGGGAUUGCUGCUGUAGUGUGUUUAGAUGUUUCCUGCUAAAUCUGUGACGCAAUGGACUUCAUGAGUCUCUACGGCUUGAUACAGAUCACUAUGGCUUCACAAUCAAAGGAUCUACAUUUAUUCCCCUCUCUAAGCUGAGAGAUGUAUAAAUGCUGCACAGUUAAAGCCAAUACUGAACAGAAUAGGGUUUGGUUUGUACCUGCUUUACGUUGCCUGUCCCAUGGAGCGGAUAAGUCAUACUGAGAGGAAUUCUCUGUAGGAACAAAGCGAUGGCGGUUCUGUAAACUUGAGUUGCUUAACGAUGAAUGGCAAAACUCAAAACAAAACUGGAGUCGGUGUGUUCAAAUGAGCAACGUGAUAGUUUGGAGUUUAGCUCUGGCCAGCUAAUUGUGAAGAUUGCACAGUGUUGCUCUUUUAACAUAUCUUGAUUUUUAAUUUAUUUUUUGUUAAUCCGAACUCCCUGAGAUAAUUUAUUUUCUAGACGUUGCGACAAAAAAAGCCCAGUUGUGUUUCAGAAUCGGCGCUGCUGGUGUGGUGUACUGCCCGUCUCUGAGGUUCGCUUUCUUUCCAGCUCUGUCGGCACCAUCUGAAGAAGGUCAAAGGUCACGGUUAGACAAAAAUUGUGUGGCAUCAGCAUAAUUUGAAGUAGAAAAUAAAAGCACAACUUUAAGCAGAACAGAGACUUUUUCAAAUAUGAUGUAGUCUAUGUGUUGCCUCCUUCUGGUUUUAAUGUUCUCCUCUGUGGAUAAUGUCGCUUAUUGACAUGCCGUGGCAGCCUAGAAAUCUCCAGACUUCUCUAGCUUCUCUUCAAACUGGAUGGAUGUUUGGCCUAACUGGAUGAGAGUCCCAGAAUCUGCCGAGAAGCCACCUGAAACAGAAACCACAGCCUCACAGUCUAUGGCAAGCGGGGCUUGACUUGAAGAACUGAUUUUUGAGGCGCUGAAAACGUUGUGUCGCGUUGAAGAGUCGAUUCUUUUUUUUUUUUUUUUUAAAUCAGACACAGAUGAUUGUAACUGCUUUGCUUUUAUGGUAAUCAUAUAUACACUGUUACUGUAAUAUGUUAUAUUUGUUCUGCAUCUAAUAUAUUUAAUUUAAAACUCCA